UUGUUAAAAAAUAACACGGCCGUUGUAUGUUGACUGCGUUUGCAAUUAUCAAUUUUAUUUUGAGUAUUUACUCUAAAUUUUCUGUGUUUCUUUAUAUUUUGAUGAUAUCAUGUUCGACUAUUAAUCGUUGGUAACAACGAAGUUCCGUCUGCCAUCCGAAAUAGUGAGAUAACACCAUGUUUUACGAAGAAGAGGAGAGAUUUCUCAAUCCGGAUAUACUUCACGUUGUUCGUCGAGAACUGUAUGCCAUCAAUUCAAACUAUGAUGUCACACCUUAUGGCUUAAAGUAUGUUCCUACACAUACUGAAGAUGGAAUACCUAUACGGAAGCUAUAUGUCUCAAAUUUACCCCCAAAGACAACCAGAUCGGAGUUAUUUGGUGUGUUUGCUCCUUACGGUUUCAUCAAAAGCUGCUGGUUAAGGAUGGGAGAUAAAGGUCCCAAUAAAACACCAACACCUACAUAUGCAUUUGUGACCUACAGCAAUCCAGCUGAUGCACACAAAGCGCUGCAAGCCCCAGGUCAUGAGAAGACACUGAGAGGUCGUAACCUGAGAAUAUCGCCAGCAGACAGUUGGCACCAGCCUGCUGAGGAUGCUGAUGGUAGAGGGCGCUGGAAGCCCCGCGGCCAGCGACGGUCUGAGGCACAUGCUACUACUACCGAAAACUCUGUUCACCCACCAGAAGUCAGUAACUCGGAAUGGGUAGCAGACAACGGGGAUGCAGCGGAAGCAACAACUAGUGCCACAGAUGCACCAUUGGAGAACCCUGAAUCAAAAGAAGAUGCGAAAGACAGUGAAACGACGCCUGAAUACACAAUACUGGAUGUUUUGAACAGUGAUUGUUUAGCACACAUCAUGUCUUAUGUUCCCAUCAGAGACCUGAUACGAUCUGAACGAGUCAGUAAAACUUGGCAAAAUAUGGUCCGCGAAUACCUUGCAGGCAUCCGCAUGUUCAAGACGUCGUGGUGGCAGCACGUGCCGGUGAUGCUGACGACGGCCGUGCUGCGCCGCAUCGUGCAGCGCCUGGGCGCCGGCCUGGCGCGCCUCCACAUCGACCACCACUGGUCCGCGCUCAACGACCGCACCGCGCACAUCGUCGGCAAGUUCUGCCCCAACCUCGAGGAGCUCAAGAUUGUUGGAAUGCACACGCGAAAUUGGAAUCCACUAAUCUACGGUUGUAAACAAUUAAAAACUUUAUCGUUUGUGUCAUGCAAUAAGUUAACAGAUUCCAGUUUAGUACAUCUAGUCAAAAGCGAAUCGUGCAUAGAAAGCUUAACAGUCACGAAUAACACACAUGUGACAGGAUUAUUCCUUACUGGUUCAAAUCCACAAAAACUAAACUCACUCGCAUUUUACAACUGCUACAGUCUUCAAGGCACAGUACUUUGUGCUGCGAUAGACACAUUGCCAAAUUUAACCUGCCUCAAGUUGGAUGUCUGUCCGCACACAAUGUGGAAAAUAAUACCAAUGAUCCUCAACAAACUUCCAUUACUUGAAGAGCUUUCGUUGAGCGAGUAUGUAUCAGUAGAUUCAUGUUUCUCUCCACUAUGCAACGACUCUUUCUGUGAUGCCAUCGGUAACCUAACUGAAUUGAAGAGCCUGAACCUGAGCCGCAACAUAUACAUCACCAACACUGUACUGAAACGAGUCGCUCAGUGUUGUCCCAAACUAGAAACACUCAACAUUUCCAGCUGUAAUUCUCGCAAGAUCUUCCCUCAUCCAGGAGUGGGCGACGAGGGAGUGUCGGCGGUGUGUCGCGGGUGUCGCGGUCUGUCCCGACUGGACGUGUCGUACCUGUGUAGCUGUAUAGUACAGUCGUGGUGUGUGUGCAGGAGUGGGCGACGAGGGAGUGUCGGCGGUGUGUCGCGGGUGUCGCGGUCUGUCCCGACUGGACGUGUCUACAGUCGUGGUGUGUGUGCAGGAGUGGGCGACGAGGGAGUGUCGGCGGUGUGUCGCGGGUGUCGCGGUCUGUCCCGACUGGACGUGUCGUACCUGGGCGCGCUGACGGACGCGGGCGUCCGCGCGGCGGCGGCGCUGCCUCGACUGACUCGCCUGACGGCGCGCGGUAACCCGGCGCUCUCCUCCGCCUCGCUCGCCGCCUGCCUCGCCGCGUGCCCCAUGUUGCAGGAGGUGGACGUGAGUGGCUGCGACGGGGUGUCGGAGGAGGUGGUGUCGGGCGCGGUGCUGGCGCUGCUGCAGCGCCCGCGCCCGCUGACGCUGCGCCUCGCCGGCACCGCCGCCUCGCCCAUUGAGCUGCAGCAAGACUACCCGACGCACAAACUAUUAACAGUGGACGUAGUGGAUGACCGCAGUAACCCACUUCUCCGGCCUGAUUUUGUCGACACUAUGCUCGAACAGAGCUCCGAUGGUUCCAUCGGAGAUCUAUACGAAAAUGACGACUUCGACGACUUUUUUGGACCAGAUGAGGAUCUGUUCCUGGACGAGGACUUGGAUGACUUCGAUGGAAUGUACCACUAUGAGCUGCACGCGCCCGACCUAAUUCUGCUCUAGGAGCCGCUGCGUCGCCGGUCUACGUCGCUGUUCUUACGCCAUAUUGCAAUCCUACCAGCCGAAACAUUGCAAUCUCCAGGACUUGCAAUGCAAUCCAACACGAUUAUGUUACAACAUACGUUUAUCGAGGAAAAAUGUUUUAGAAUUAGUUGUUUUGUUCAAGUGAUUUGUUUAUAUUUCUUGUAAAAAGUAAAUCAAGGUUUUAUUUAAGGCCGAUUUUAUUUUUCAUUUCUAAUUUUGCAUGUUUGUAUGGACUUUAAUGUUAUUCAUUACGUGAUUGGGAGCAUCAUUUUAUUUGAAGCACUAAUAUUUAGCUUGUUUUAAAAUAUGGUUGUAAUUUGAAGAGGUGAAAAAAUCAUUUACUUGUUUUCUGUAUAACUUGGCCCAAAUGUAGUCCACUCUGCUUGAGGAUCUUAGUUAACUUUCGAAUUCAUAGUCAAUAGUAAUUAGAUGGUAUGGCUGCUUGUGCUAAGCUCAUUGGGAAGGUAUAAAUUUAAAAUAUUUAACAGCUUUUCGUCAUCAAAACACUUUUCCCAUGGAUUGGCUGACUGGCAAAAUAAUUAUUUCAUUGAACUUUAUAUGGCUAAGUUUAACAAAAUUCUUGAAAUAUCAAAGUAUUAUCUUAGCUUUAUCUUGGUCUGAAGAAGUUAUUAGGUUAUUUUAUUAACAUGAGUCUGAAUUUCAAUAUUUAAUAACAUUAUCGAAAUCUAUUUGGUUGCUGCCAUUUCUAUACAAUAAGCCUAGUCUUGCAUCGCAUAAUGAUUUAAAUAAUUUUGUGCCUUUAAAGCGAUAUUGUAUUGAUUAACGAAUGUAUAACAUUAUUCGUAUUAUCAUAUAAUUUUAUAUAGCAUCUUUGUAUUGAAAUAGCCAGUAAGGCAAUGUAUGGCACAAUGUAGAAAAAUAUAGUUAUGAUGGUAAUCACCCCUUGAAAUUAUGAAUGAUAUUUAUAUUUAUCACUAUAGGAGUGCUAUAAAAUCGCAGUUGUUCAAUAUAACAUACUGUACUCAUGUUUAGGCGGUUGUAACUGAAAUCUAUGAUUGUAAGACUUUGUUAUAAUUAUCUGUGAUGAAACAUUAUUUUCGCAACACGGAAGUCCCACACCUCAUCUAGUUGUAGCAGUUAUUGUUUAUUUAUAUAUAAACCUUUUGAUGUAUUGUAUUAUAACUUGUAAGCAAAGUCUGAAAUAUUGUGAUAUAAAUAAAUUAUUCAUUUCUGAUUUUAUCAAUUAUCUCAAGUAAUUGGUAAUACAUACUGCAGUGGAUAAAUUCAAGUAAAUAUUGUACUAAUUGUUCGAGUGUUUGUUGCUUAUUUAUGUACGGCUUGAAUUUAGGAAAUAUUUGACUUUUAUUGUAAUUUGUAAAAGUAUCAAUUACAUAAAGGAAGAAAGCUUUUAAUUUUAUUUUUUUUUCAUAAUUCGUAAAGUAUUAAUCCUACGCAUGUAAACAAUGUAAAAUCCCUAUAAUCUUUACCUUGUAGGCAUUAAUUAUAGUACCAAGUAAAUUCUUUAAAUAAUUAUAGCAUUACCACUGGCAAUCAACUAUUUGAAAUGUGAUAUUGUGAUUUGUAAAAAUUUAUGUGUCCAUAUUUCCUUACCAGCUUGAUAUGAUUGUAUGUCAUGAACUUAUGUAUUCUAUGGCUAAUCAAAAUGAGUUGAACAAUGUACCUUUGUGUUUAAUUUUAAUUUACUUCAAAUAUCAUUGAAGCUUUUGUCAUAGAUGAUCAUAUUGGGCUGGAUUACUUUAUAGAUAAGUUGUUAUUUUGAAGUAUAGAAACGGUAAACGAAAGAGGUGUUGCGAGUUUUUUUUUUGCUCUUAAUUUAGACAGGAAGUUUUAAGUUUUGAAACUUUUUUCAGGUGUUUUUAUUACAUUACUGUAACUUUAUGACAUUUUCACUUUAUAAGAACUUAAAACCUAAUCAAAGUGGUGAUUUUUAUUUGUUUUUUAUUAAAGAAUGGUUUUUGUUUCAAUCACAGUUGGAAAAUCAAUUACUAUUUAUAUUUUUUAAGACUUUAUUAGAACAUAGUCUAGCCAAUAACUCUAAUUCUCUGGGCAUUAAAGGAAAUGUUUUGUUAAUGAAUGAUCCAGUCUUAGUUAUGAAUGCUAUUGUUGCGAAAUAAAAAUUAUCUGCCUAUUUAGUUUGUGGAGUGCAAGUUUUCUGUCACUUAUUUAUUCAUUGAGCUUACAUGUUUUUAUUUCAUAUCCAAAAGAACUGUCGCUGUGUUUAAGCAUAUUAUAUUAAAUACAUUUUUAUUUUAUUAAAACUGGAUUAUUUUUGAUUAUCUUUGCCUAACAUAAAAACAUGUAAGCUAUAAUUAAACAGUUAACUUCAAUGAUGUUAAAGUUAUGCAUUAGUUAACCUCAAGUAACAAGAAAGUGAAAAGGUUUUGUUUGUUGGUUUGUUUUCCGUAAUAUCAUCAUCACUCAUUUCUGAAUGUGUUCAGUGUUGUAAUGUUUGUAGAAGAAUAUAUUAUGUAUAUUUGCAGGGUUCACUUAGUGGUGAUUUAUGUUUUUAGAAUUGCAUUUUGGUCAAAAACCUAAAGCAUGAGAUGAUUUGUGAAACUUAAUAGAUUUUAUACAUUAAUUGUUUUAACAUAUUAGUAAGAACUGAAAUACAAAAAAUUCUUCAACA